AUGAAAUCAUUAGUUAUCCUGCUAUCCGCAGUCGUCCUGGUCAACUCGCUGAGGUUCUACGCUCCUCCGAAAGAGAAAAAGUGUCUGAAAGAGGAAAUACACAAGGUUUGAAAACGUAGUUAAUACAAAGGGAAAGUAAUGUCUCAGAAUGUCGUCGUGACCGGAGAAUACGAGUUCAGUCAGGGAAUCCAAUACACUGGAAGCAUCCAUGUAAGUUUUUUCACAGAAACAAUUUUCAUUAUAUUUUUCGUUCAGGUGACAGACACCAGAGGACACACCUUGUACAAGCGCGAGAACUUCAUCGAUCUGAAGGGAAAAUUCGCGUUCACCGCCGACGAGUACGACAUCUUCGAGAUUUGUAUUGAGAACCACCCUCCAGCCGGAACUCCAGGAGAGAAGCGUGAGGUUUCUCUUAUUUUGAAGCACGGAGUCGAGGCCAAAAACUACGAUGACAUCGCCAAGGCCGAAAAGCUGAAGCCGCUCGAGGUGGAGCUGAGAAGGCUAGAAGACCUGGCCGAUUCCAUUACCAAGGACUUUGCAUUCAUGCGUCAGAGAGAGGAGGAGAUGAGAAACACAAACGGUUUGUUUUAGAAAAUGUUUUGUUAAAAAUUCAAACCCUUAAAAAUUUUGUUGACUUUCAUUUUAGCCGUAAUGUACUUUUCCACAAAAAAUACAUCAAACAAUCUCAAAAGUUUACUUCAGAAUCGACGAACAGCCGUGUCCUCUACCUGUCCGUCUUCUCGAUGCUUUGCCUUCUGGGUCUGGCUAUCUGGCAAGUCCUCUUCCUGCGUAACUAUUUCAAGUCAAAGAAGCUCAUCGAUUAG